CGGCUGCCCUGGUGGUCUCCACACCACUGGUGCAGAGCAGGGAGACAGGUAGAUACACAGGUGGCUCGAGGAGGCAGGAAAGGCACUCUUUCUCCUCACCUCAGGAUGAUUUAUUUUACUGUGAGCCUCAUGGAGGUGGCGAGGAUACUGGCGAUACACCGGCAGCAGGUAUACCAGAUUUGACGGUUCAUGUUUUUACCAGGGGGGGGGCGUGAGAUCAGAUAGGAGCCAUGAAGACGCGGCCCACGGGUAUUGGUGCCUCCAACGCCAACUGGAUGAGCUCACUCUCCCCCAAGCUCACAGCUAUGCCCCUGAAGCACCUUGCAGUGCCCGGUUCCCAUGACUCAUUUAGUUUCUGGGUAGAUGAGAAGGCCCCGGUGGGUCCUGACCAGAAGGCCAUAGUCAAAUACCUGGCCACAGCCUUCCGUUUCGUUUCCAAGAAAGUCAUGAAGAAGUGGUCCAUGACACAGAACCUGACGUUUAAGGAGCAGCUGGAUGCAGGGAUUCGUUACUUUGACCUGCGUGUGUCAUCCAAACCUAGAGAGUCUGGUACUGAGAUCUACUUCAUCCAUGGCCUGUUCGGACACAAGGUGCGUGACGGUCUGUUGGACAUUAACUCUUUCCUGGACGCCCAUGGUAAGGAGAUGGUGUUCCUGGACUUUAACCAUCACUAUGCCAUGGGGAUGGAGCAUCACGCCUACCUCAUCAACAUGCUCCAGGAAGUGUUCGGAAGUAAACUCUGCAAGAUCAGCGUUGUCGAGGAUAUCACCCUGGACUACCUCUGGAAGAACAACUACCAGGUCAUAGUAUUCUACCACCACCCGUCAGCUGAGGGCUGUCCAUUGAUAUGGCCAGGCAACAAGUGUCCAGCUCCUUGGGCUAACACUACAGACACCACCAAACUCUUUCAGUUCCUGGAGACGACACUAGGUGAGAGGGCUAAGAAGGGGUCCUUCCAUGUGACUCAGGCCAUCCUCACCCCCAGAGUCAAGACCAUUGUCAAGGGCCUGGUCAGGGGGCUACGCAACUACCUGGUCGAGAGGAACCUUCCCAUCAUAUUAACGUGGGUUGAGACCCAGAAACCUGGUGUUAACGGGGUUAACAUCAUCACCUCUGACUUUGUGGAACUGACUGACUUCGCCAACACAGUCAUCAACCUCAACAACCUCCUGCUCAACGAACAGGACCGCACAAAAACCUGACCAACGCCACCAUACAGUCAGAAUGGGUAGACUGGAUAUGAGUCGUUACGAAACCCACUUGGAUCUUUUCACGGUUCGGUUCUACCCAUCAUGGCAGCUGCAUCACUGAUCACAUGACCAGACACUCAGGGACACCUGUGAUAAUGGGACACUCAGACAGACAUCACGUGACCAUCUCAUACACUUAAAGCUCACAUGUCCAGUAUUGACUGAUCAUGGUCAGGAAAAUGUCCAUAGAGCUUCACAUAUUGAGCUUAUAAGUGUAGCAACGUACAGGGGCUGAGACUGUUUAAACAAAUGCACACUGAUUUUUAAACACUAUUCCAAUGGUAGCAGUUUAUAGCUGGGUGUUGACAUGUAGUUAUUAUGAUAACACAUUCAAGAUAGAUCAUAGCAAUGUCAUCUUGAUGUAUAACUAGCAAUGAAAGUCUAGCUACAGCCACUCACACACAGCUGUGUGUGUGUGUGUGAGUGUGUGUGUGUGUGUGUGUGUGUGUGUGUGUGUGUGUGUGUGUGUGUGUGUGUGUGGCUUGUGGCAGUCCACUGAUUAUCACUCAGACACAGAGAAAAACUCCCAGACUAACUGUACAUUUCUGUGGUCCUCCUGGAGGGAACGAUGGGAGGGAGAGAGAAAGAGAGGAGAGGUGGAGUCCCAGACAAGGGUAGACAGAAUGGGGAAGAGAGAUAGAGAGGGACUAAAAGAAAGAAUAAGAUGAGACAGGAGAUAUCGUUUAGAAUCAAGGAGGAAAGACAGUAUGUGUGUGAGAGAGAAAAAGAGAGAGACAGAGAGAGAGAGAGAUUGUAUCAGCACAGCUGCUGUCUCCAGGCAGUGAGGAUCUCGUUUUAUUCUCCCUCAAUGAGAAAGAAAUAUGUUUUCUUUUCAUUUUACCUCCCUCCCUUCUUCCCUCCCUCUUUCUCAACUGGUGUGUGUGUGUGUGUGUCUCUCUCUCUGGCCAAACCGCAUUGUUGACACUCUCGUGUGGGCACUGAAUGGUCAAGGAGUAACACACAUGCACACACGCACACACACACACACGGUAACACACAAAGGGACACUAAUUGCAGAGUCAUUACACAUACCACAGAAGCUUGUGGGAGUGGAGCGGCUCAAAUAGACGAGGAAAGACAGACGCUGUUAUUUGUUUGUUCUGUUUUCUCUCUCUAGCUCUCUCUCUCUCUCUGGUCCCGAUGAUCACAGUCAGUUCCCCAGGUCUCCAAGGAGAGUUAGGGCUUUAUGACCCCAAAGGGACCCUUGCUUCAGUGGGUACAAGAGCAUUCUGUCGUUGGGGACUUGGUAGUAGGUUAUGGAUGUCAGCGCAGCGAUGAUAAUCACGUCACGAUCAGGGGACUCCAGACCUCUGUCUGUCAGUAUUUAUCUAACUCAUUAUGAGAGGUGUAAAAUGUAAUGGCCUAGUAUGACUGUUGUGACUGUGUGUAGAGAAGAGAUAAUGGAGGGAGGGAGAGAUAUUGAGAUGGAACUGGUUAAAUGCAGCAUGGAACCACACCAAACCACACAGAACCUGCCCAAACCACACUGGAUUGUACACACUCUAACCCUCUGGAGCAGUAUGCAGUUGCCCCAGACACUGAUCUACGGUUAGUUUAACUGUUUCCUCUGUAAUGGAUAAAGUUAGGAUUUAGGAGAGUAUAAGCUGAUUCCAGAUCUUUGCCUAAGGGUAACUACUGCAGAGCUCUAUCAUUGGGUUUCUCCUUGACUGACAUAUUGUUGCAGACUUCACUCAACAAUCUUUAGCCUAAAUGUGUUUCCUAACCAAAACAGUUCUGAAUAACGUGUUUUUCUGGAAUCACAAGGCAAAGGGCCCCUGAUUCAGAGCGGAAUCCCUGUCAAAACAACUAUGGUAUGGAGUGCCCACCCUCCCUGCCCCUCCACGGAAUCACUUGAGAAUUCACUGUACAAUACUGUCCAACAUUCCAUGGCCGUCUCUCUGACGCCAGGGUCUGUGUUUCUCUACGAUGAUGUCAUUGUGAAAGUUCAGCUCCUCCAGAUGGGUGAAGAGGCCACCAUGGAGGACUCAAAACACUGGCCGAUCUUUGCUAUACCUACCAAAGAAUGGACAAUAAUUAUUAAGCAACACAUUUUAUAAAGCUAUUUGUUUUUUACUUUAUGCAGCAGUUAUCAAAAAGCCACAUGGACUACAGGAAUUCAAUUGUAAGUUUAUGGUUCAAUGACAAGUAGGAUGACUUGGUAAUAAAGGCUGGACAACUAGAUUAUGCAAAGUCUGUUGAUUUCUGGUAGAGUAUACCUGCAUCAGGGCUGGCUCUAGGCAUAAGUGGUCGCUUAGGGCCCCCGGUUG